GUAUUGCAAGCUUGGAUAGUCGAUAUCAUUUCCAGACAACUUUGGUGUCAUACUUGGCCCUACCUUUUUCUAUAUAUACCACUUCAUCAUAUGCCUUAACUUUUAUUACUAGAAAUUAUCAUCACUCUAAACCCCUUCUUUGUUUCAUUAAUACAACUUAAUUAUUUAACUAUUAACAACAAUGGCAACUUUAUUAGCAGCAUUACUUCUACCUUUUAUAGUCAUCAAUCUUUCCCUUUAUGAAGCAUUUGCUGAUUUUGGUCAUGCUACUUUUUAUGGUGGAGGUGAUGCCUCCGGCACUAUGGGGGGAGCAUGUGGAUAUGGAAACUUAUACAGUGAAGGGUACGGGACAAGCACAGCGGCGUUAAGUACAGCCUUGUUCAAUAACGGAUUGAGUUGUGGUUCAUGUUACGAGCUUUCAUGUAAUGGUGACCCAAAAUGGUGUCUCCCAGGGAGUAUUAUUGUGACAGCAACUAAUUUUUGCCCUCCAAACCCUUCUUUGUCUAAUGACAACGGUGGAUGGUGUAAUCCUCCUCUUCAACACUUUGAUUUGGCUGAACCUUCUUUCUUAAAAAUUGCCCAAUAUCGUGCCGGAAUUGUUCCCGUCACCUUCCAAAGAGUACCAUGUGUGAGAUCAGGAGGAGUAAGAUUUACGAUCAAUGGACAUUCCUACUUCAAUUUGGUGCUGAUCACAAAUGUGGGCGGUGCGGGCGACGUGCACGCUGUGUCAAUCAAGGGUUCAAAGACUGGGUGGCAAGCCAUGUCAAGGAAUUGGGGUCAAAAUUGGCAAAGUAAUAGCUAUUUGGAUGGCCAAAGCCUAUCUUUUCAAGUUACUACUAGUGAUGGAAGAACAAUCACUACUUAUGACGUUGCUCCUUCUAAUUGGCAAUUUGGCCAAUCUUAUGAGGGUACUCAAUUCUAAAACACUCACAUCAACAUUAUUUAUCAAAUUUAUUAACUCGAAGAUUUGAAUCUUUAAGAUAUGUUAUAUGUUCCGUUGUGAAAAUUAAAGGAAGUAGUAAUUGAUAGUUUCAUUGUGGUGUAAUUUAUCACCCACAAAAUGUAAUGAUAUGUUAUUUAUAGAUAUAUACCUAGCUGGCUAGCUAGAAAAAGUUUUUUUUUUUUUAAUGUAAAAAUUUAUUUUGCAUGUGAGAAAUUGAUAUUAUCUUGGUUUUUAAUGGCCAAAAGAAAUAUAUUACUUUUGAUGUUUAUAUGAAAAAGUUAAAAGUUAUUUCACAA